AUGGCUUCACUCUUCAUUACUGGUGCCUCCCGAGGCUUGGGACUUGCACUGGUUCGCGAACUUGCUUCUUUGCCGAGUUCCAAAGUCAGAAAGGUCAUUGCAGGAGCCCGGGGGGAUGCUUCAGCUCUGAAAGACAUUGCCGAAAAAUCUGACGGUCGAGUAUCGGUUGUACAGCUCGAUGUUACCAACCCCCCCAUUAUACAACAGGCAGCGGCAGAGACGGAACGGCUUCUGGAAGGCAAAGGGUUGGAUGUUUUGGUGAAUAAUGCAGGCAUAUGUCAAUAUGCUUUUGGUGGCGUCGCUACUAUGGAUAAUCUCGAGGAAAGCUUCACUGUCAAUGUCAUGGGCGUACAUUGGGUCACUCAAGCAUUCCUCCCGCUGCUGAGGAAGGGAAAUCUGAAGAAAGUCAUUAACAUCCGUCGCCUCUUUCCCUGCGCCGGCAUACAAAAUCUCGAAAGCAGCCCUGAUGCCCUGACCGUGCAAUAUGCUCUUGAUUACGAGAAAGAGCGCUUCACGUUCAUAGCCCUUUGUCCAGGUUGGCUCAAGACGGACCUGGGAGGCGGCGACAUAGCCGACUUGACCCCUGAGGAAGGUGCGAAAGCUUCAUUGGAUAUCAUUUUUCAACAAGGGACAGGAGGCCAACGGGACCAUGCCCAAGGCCCGAAUGUGUAUGAUGGCACGAAUGUUCCGUGGUAG